UUUUUGGCUGGAGCAACAGCAUUACCCGAAUGCACCAAAACUAUAGCCCAUUGUCUCACUUGAAAUCCGACCAAAAAAUAUAUACUUUUCGAAUUAGUUCCAUAAUCACAGGUAUUUAUUAAGUUGACGUUUAAACCAUCUAAAUGGCAUCUUGCUUAUCUUAACUCAAAAGUAAAAUGUUCCUAAAUUACCCGGUUAAAAUGUCAAUGCCCAUUGUUGGCUCGUUGCUCCGCCCCUCGUGUUUGUCGUAAACCUGGCGCCUGGCUAGAGUCAAGACAAGAUAAGAGCUCCCAAGGCUCCCCUCCUUCUCCAAGGCGAUCCAUUGGAAAUCUCAGACGGACUCACAAGUACUCUUGUAGGUGUCCUGCAGCAGAGACACAACACAACGGUCGGACUUGUUCCGCGUUCAGCCAAAUUCACCUGCGGGCUAAACCAUGUCCUUGAGCCCAAAGCACUCAACUCCUUUCUCAGUGACAGAUAUUUUAAGCCCGAUCGAGGAGACCUACAGAAAGUUUGGAGGCAUGGACAGUACAGGGAACCUCGCGUCUUCGCUGGGCGCAUACCGACAAACUCAGGUGUCUCAACCGGGCAUCCAGCAGCACUCCAUGUGCCAUAACACCGGGGUGGCGAGCACCUAUCACAUGCCACACAGCGUCUCCCAAUUUUCCAGUGCCAUAGGAGGCUACUGUAAUGGGAGCAUCGGGAAUAUGGGAGACCUCCCGUCUUACCAAGACACAAUGAGGAACGGCGCAGCAUCAACUGCAUGGUAUAGCGCAAACGCCGAAACCCGCUACCCAACAAUUUCUAGAUUCAUGGGGGCUUCCACUGGGAUGAACAUGACCGGGAUGGGGACGUUGGCAGGGAUGGAUGCCACCAAAUCCAUGGUCACCUUACACUCUGCGCCCAGGAGAAAACGACGGGUGCUGUUCUCUCAGGCCCAGGUGUACGAGCUGGAGAGGCGCUUUAAGCAGCAGAAAUACCUGUCGGCACCCGAGAGAGAACACCUGGCGAGCAUGAUUCACCUGACGCCGACCCAGGUAAAAAUUUGGUUUCAGAACCACAGGUACAAAAUGAAACGCCAGGCAAAGGACAAAGCGAACCAGCAGAUUCAACAGGAGAACGGCAGUGUGUGCCCACAGCAACAGUCACCGAGGCGGGUAGCGGUCCCGGUUCUCGUGAAGGAUGGCAAACCCUGCCAGAACGGGUCAAGCAUACCGACGUCUGGGCAUCAGCAGGUGCAGCAGAACGUGUCCGGUGGUGCGAUGGCGGCAUCGGGCAGUGCGGUGGUCAAUCACCACAAUCAGCAGGUGAAUAAUCCGUUAUCCGAAGAACUGGAGGAAAUGUCCCCCAGUUCCCCUAAUCUACACAGCCAGAUAAACAUGGCUCAGACUGACGCGGCUCUCAUCGAAUACACCAAUAACAUGGUCAGUUCAAACCUGCUUUAUGGCAGAACUUGGUAAAAGGAAGAAACCUGCCAUUUUAUAUUUUCAUUCUGGAGAACACGUCAAGUGGAUUUUAAGACGAACAAAAACAUCGAGAAGGACAGUGGUCGUUGGUGACAUGGACAACAGAAGCACCAUACUUCAUUGACAUUUGAGAGGUGCAUAGAGCACCUAUUUUUAAGAAACAGUCGACCGUGCGUGUUUCACUUUUGAUGAAGAGUAUUUGAUAAAAAUUACACUCCAAGCACUCGGUGACGGUGUGAAGGGAGUGAAGUUUUAUUUGUUGGAAUUCAAUUCUUUAAAGGACACAUUGAGGGUAUCGGGCCAAAGUAUUGUAAUAUUUCGAUUAAUGAACCUGAACUGUAUAUAUAGUUAACACAUUUCAUGUGACAGUGAUUGUUUAAACGAAAUAUUUGUCCGAUCAUUUUUUGUAAAUUACAAAUGUGAUUGAUGCAUAGCAUACAUAUAUUCAAAUCACAAUCCAGUUGAACUAACAAUAAAUCGCUUGACAUGUAAGCAUA